UCACGGGACGUGUGAGAUCGGUUUGGGAAAUUCGGCAACCACCUUAGCCGCAGCAGCAACAGACCGGGUUGGCCAGUGAGUGAAUCUUCGAGCAUCGUCCGAGACGCACGUUGUACGUGAUCUACUUUGCGUCAUAUGUAAGUGGAAUAAAGGCGGAACCUAACGAAGUGAGCAACGAUGCGACGAAUUUCAGUGUGGGUCCUGUUGGGCCUAGCGCUGUUUACCCUUAGCACAGCGGGAUUACAGGUACAAGCUGAAACGCCAACCGAGUACGAAUGCAGACCAUACAUUGAGAAAGCAAUUCAGGAUCUCAAGUCCGAAUCAGCGGAAGGUGCUGACGAAAAUGCCAGUAUAGAAAAUACGAUCGAUGUGACAAGCCAGGAAGAGGAGGACAAUACGGCAGCGGAGGAAGUGAGUACCGAGGAAACGGACACAGCUACGGACGAUGUUUCGGAAGAGAUAACUCCCUCGGAAGAGGUACAGGAGCAGUUGUUCGCUGACAAAGCGGAGGAUGAAGCUGCCGAAUCGGACCAGGCGGUUGACGGAGAGUCGGAAAAUGUAGAAGAAACGGAAGAAACCGAACAGGAGGACGAGCAGGAGCAAGAGGAUGAGGACGGAGAUGAAGCUGAAGAUAACAACCAGGAUGAGCAGGAAGACGAGGAAGACGCUACCGAAGAGAAUGUUCAAUCUGAGGAAACUGAACAGACAGUGUCCGAGGAGACGGAACAGUCUGAUGAUGUCCAAACGGAAUCGGAAGAGUUGACCUCCGAGGAAUCGGCUAACCAGGUGCUGGACGACAAUGCAGAUGAUGAUGAUGAUGAUGAUGAUGAGAAUGACGACGAGGAAGCGAAUGAAGAUGUAGCUACGGAGGAAGUUACUCAAUCCGCGGAGGAAGCUACCGAGAGUCAGGAAAAGGAAACUGACGCUGAUGAUGAUGAUGAUGACGACGAAAAGGAUGAUGAGGAGGAUGAUGAUGAUGAUGAAGACGAGACGGCAGAAAAUGUAGAUGAUGAGACCAAAUCAGAGGAAAAUAAUGAUGACGAAGAUGAUGAUGAAGAAGAAGACGAUGAUGAUGAUGAUGAUGAUGAUGAUGAGGAAGAAAAAAAAGAACAAAACAAUAGUGAAGAUGAUGAGGAUGAUGAUCUUGAAGAGGAAAAUGCCGUUAAAGGAUCAUAUGACGAUCGUGAUCAGGUCGAUGAUGAUCAGGAAGAUGAUGACGAUGAUGAUGAUCGUGAAGAGGAAAAUGCCGUUAAAGGAUCGUAUGACGAUCGUGAACAGGUUGAUGAUGAUCAGGAAGAUGAUGAUGAUGUUUCUGCAGAAGUUGCAGAUACCGUCUCAGAGGAGGAUAGUGAAAAUGAUGAAGUAGUCGAUAGUUCUGAGGACACCAAUCAGAAUGAGAAUGAAGAUUUGGAAGGAACAAACUCGGAGGAAGAGGAAACUGACAAAGACACAGAUAACGACGAUGAAGAUGAAGAAACUUUGACCGAAGAUUCUGUCGCUAGUGGUGAGGAACCUAAAACAGAAGAAGAUGAACCAACCAGUAAGGAAGUUGAAGAUGAUGACGAUGACGAUGAGAAUUUAAGUGAAGAAACGGAACGUGAUACAGUGGAAGGCAGUACUACAGCAAGCGAGGAGGAGAAUGAUGAGCCUGAACCUGCGGUUGAUGAGCAAUCCGAAGAGCAAAUGGUUGACAGUCAGGAAGAUGAAUCUACUGCUCAGGAUGAAGCAUCUACUGAAGAGACUGCUGACGAGAGCAGCGAAGAUGCAACCACCGUAGAGGAUGUAGAAGCAACCUCUCAGGAGCAGGAAGAACAAAGUGCUGAAGAGCCAUCCGAUGGCCAGGAAGCUGCUGAAGAGAGUGCUGAGGAAGCUGAGGCAGAAUCUGCUGAACAAGAAGCACCAGCAACCGAUGCGGAAGAUGAAAGCGAAGAGGAGGUCGCGGUGAAGCAGGACUCGGAGGAAUCUUUGGCCCAGGAUGGGGAAGAAAGUGUUGAGAAAGCAUCCGAAGAAACCGAAACUGACUCAAAGGAGGAGUCGUUCCCGGAGGAAGAUCUGCUAUUGGAGUACGAAAUUCCAUCGAAUCUUAGAGAUACUACGCACAUCUACGAACUGCUGAAUAUCAACGACGACGCAUCCGCCCGGGAGAAGGCCCUGCAAGAUACGGCCGACGUGAUCUUGCGUGAUCUUAAGCGUAUCUACGACAAUUCGAUCAAACCCCUCGAAACCUUGUACAAGUAUCGCGAUCUCAGCAAUCGUCACUUUGGCGAUCCGGAAAUAUUUUCGAAACCGCUCGUACUGUUCAUGGGUCCGUGGAGCGGUGGCAAAUCAACCAUUCUGAACUACCUUACACACAAUGAGUACACGCCUAACUCUGUGCGGACAGGUGCUGAACCGUCGCCCGCAUACUUUAACAUUUUAAUGCACGGUGACGAGCCGGAGGUUUUGGAUGGUACCCAGCUGGCCGCCGAUUGGACUUUUUCGGGAUUGCAAAAGUUUGGACAGGGUCUGCUUGACCGUCUGCGUGGUCAGAAACUGCCCAACCAGCUGCUAGAAAGGGUUAACAUUGUGGAAAUUCCAGGCAUUUUGGAAGUCCGGAAACAGGUGUCCAAGUACUUCCCAUUCAACGAUGCCUGCCAGUGGUUUAUUGAUCGCGCUGACAUCAUCUUCCUGGUGUACGACCCAUCCAAGCUGGAUGUUGGACCAGAAACUGAAGCCAUCCUGGACCAGCUCAAGGGACGAGAAUAUCAGACACGAAUCCUGCUAAACAAAGCUGAUCAAGUGAAACCUGAGGAGCUGCUGCGAGUCCAGAGUGCCCUGAUCUGGAACAUUUCUCCGCUGAUGUCGUCGGCGCAACCACCGGUCAUGUACACGGUGUCUCUAUGGUCCAAUCCAUUCGAAGUAGGAGCACCCGUCCGUCUGCUGCAAGCACAGGAGCGAACUUUGCUGCUCGAUCUUGGUCAGGCUAUUGAUCGACGAAUUGAGAACAAAAUUGCCAGUGCGCGUAGGUUUGCGGUUCGUGUUCGCAAUCACGCUAAGAUGGUCGACUGCUACCUCACGACGUACUACAACCACAAGACGCUGUUCGGUAACAAGAAGCAGGUAUCCGAGAAAAUCAUUGCCAACCCGCAGGACUAUCACAUCUACGAGGGCCUUUCGACGUUGACCAACAUUUCUCGAUACGAUCUACCCGAUCCAGAAGUUUAUCGGGAUUUCUUCCAUCUGAACCCACUGUACGAGUUCAAGAAGCUCUCCGAAACGUGCACUUACUUCCGCGGCUGUCCGAUCAACAAACUCGACGUUGCGAUUGCGUACGAGCUGCCCGAACUGGUCGGCAAGUACAAGAAAAUGUCGGAGGCUGCUCUUGCUAAGCUGGAUGUACUCACGCCCACAUCCGAUUUCGGCAAGGGGAAAUCGAAUAGUUGAGCGAAGGGCACGCUAUUUUGUACGAUCGAUAAACUUGCAUUCAGUGCGUAAUGUUAAAGUAGUGUAGUAUGGUAUAUAUUUAUUUAUUUAUUUUUUUCAUUUUCCCUAACGAACCUUCUACUACUUCCUAUCGUCGUAGGUUUAAUGUCUCUGAAAUAUCCCAGCUUGGAGACAUUAAAACACAAAUCUAUGCUUUUAUUAUUUUCCCUCUUUCCUUCUAAUUCUUAGACGUUUGAAGGUUGUAUCGGAACGAACCUAACAAACCAUAAUUAAUUGAAACUGCUUCUGCUGCUCACAAAGUGAAUAGCUCGUGUUACGGGAUAUUGAACGAUAAGGAAAUUGUCGAUGAAAAAAGGAGUGUUUGCCGUUUUCUUAAAAAAAAUAUUAGAAAAGAACAUACAAGUUGUCUGAAUUUCUCAGACAACAAAACAUCAAGUCGCACACGCAGCUGAACAAUAUCUUAUACCAGAGGCUAUCCUCUACAACGAUAGCGAAAAAGAAGUGUGGAUCGAAAACGAAAACAUGUAGUUUGCCUAUGUGAUAAAUGAUGGCUCAGAGCAUAAGAAGACAUUGCAAUGUAUAGUUUAUAUCGAUGCACGCUAAUGCGGCUGCAACAGCAAGGAAGAUGAACUAUCGAAACCAGAGUUAUGUUUGGUGCAAUUUGUGACUCUAGACCAGACUGAUUGAUACAGGCGAACGCAAUGCUACAACUCGGAAAACAGGGCAAUACUAUCGCCAACAUUCGAAAAACAAACCAAGAGAAAGUUGAAUAAAAAUUGUAAAACCAAUACAAAAACAA